UUAUCCUUAUUGGACCGAGAGGUUGCGACUUGUAAACGUUCACGUGCAAUCGAGAUAUUUUGUCUAUUUCUCAAUUACAUUUGAAGGUUAACAAUGGCGAAGGCUAGAGAAGCAAAGAAGAAAAGGAUAAGGGAUGGGGUAAAUAAAGGUGGCCACAGUAUGAAUCCAGACAGGCCAAAAACGGGCGAUAAAAACAUGAGAGACAAGGCAACAAUUAAACGCCUAAAGAUGUACAAGAACUUCAAAGCAAAGCGAGACAAGAUUGGGAAAAUUUUAACACCAGCUCCAUACCAGUCUUGGCUGAUGUCUGGAACAGUGGCAAGGGUAGAACCAAACAGGAAAUGGUUUGGUAACACUAGAGUUAUCUCCCAGAAUGCCCUUCAGACAUUUCAGGAUGAGAUGACAAAAGUGAAGAAAGAUCCGUAUAAAGUUGUCAUGCGACAGACCAAACUGCCUAUCUCGCUACUAAAUGAAACAGCCAAAACAGCAAGAGUACAUGUUCUUGAUACAGAAACCUUUGAAUCAACAUUUGGGAAAAAGAAGACUAGAAAAAGACCAAAUCUUAAAGUGUCUGAUAUGGAGGCAUUGGUUGCACAAGCUAAAGAAGCUUGUGACACAUACAAGUCAGAACAAGAUAGAGACCUUGCUAGAGAUGAACCUGACUUUAAAGAUGAGUGUACAGAGAUGGUAUUUAAAGCUGGGCAGUCCAAGAGAGUCUGGAAUGAACUUCACAAAGUAAUUGAUUCGUCCGACAUUCUCAUUAAUGUCCUUGAUGCUAGGGACCCUCAAGGUACUCGCUGUUACCAGGUAGAAGAAUUUCUGAAGAAAGAAAAGCCGCAUAAGCACAUCAUAUUUGUACUUAACAAGGUUGACUUGGUUCCUGUUUGGGUGACACAGAAGUGGGUGGCCAUCUUAUCAUCAGCACAUCCAACUUUAGCUUUUCAUGCUAGUAUGAUGAACCCUUUCGGUAAAGGUGCUCUAAUCAACUUACUCAGGCAGUUUUCCAAGCUGCACACAGACAAAAGGCAAAUUACAGUAGGAUUUGUAGGGUAUCCAAAUGUCGGAAAGAGUUCAGUUAUAAAUACCUUAAGAGCUAAGAAAGUCUGUAAGGUGGCCCCUAUAGCUGGUGAGACAAAGGUGUGGCAAUACAUUACAUUGAUGAAGAGGAUAUAUCUAGUAGAUUGCCCAGGUGUGGUUUACCCUACUGCAUCAACACCAACAGAAUGUGUUCUUAAAGGAGUUGUUCGAGUUGAGAACAUUAAAACUCCAGAAGAUUACAUAGAAGCAAUGCUGGCAAGAGUAAAGAAAGAAUACAUACAGAAGACAUAUGGCAUAUCAAGCUGGACUGACCAUGAAGAUUUCUUGACCAAGUUUGCUAAAAGGUCAGGAAAACUGCUGAAAGGUGGUGAUGCCGACUUGAGCACAUCUGCUAAGAUGAUUUUAAAUGAUUUCCAGAGAGGUUGUAUUCCAUAUUUUGUACGACCACCAGGAUCAGAAAAUGAAGAUAAUACAAACACAGAGGAGGAAAAGAUUGGAGAAGAAGUUGCAAAUAAAAAUGAAGGUGACGAUAAUGUUGCUGUCAAAGCUAAAAAAGUUCCAACAGUUCAUCAAGAUUAUAAAAGAAUCAGAGUCGAGCCAAAGUUUACUGGUGAUGAUGUGAGGCGUGUACAUUUUGAUGAUUGUCAGAAUGAUUCAGAUGUUGAGUUAGAUGAUCAUGAAAAUGAUGAAGAUGAUGAUGAGGAAGCCAAUGAGGGAAGUGAUGAUAAUGAAUUGCAUGAUGGAGAAGAUAAAUGUGAUGAGAAAGUAAGUUCAGACAAUGAUGAAGUAGAAACAGAGGUAAAGGAAGAAGUGACAGUGAAUAAAAAAGGGAAGAAAAGUUUAAAGAAAUUGAAAAAAGAAUUAAAGAACGUUAGAAUCAAUAAAAAGAAUGGACAAAAGUCAGUUCAGGGAAGUAAAAUUGUUAAGAAAGGUAACUUGAAAAAAGAUUUAAAUGUGAAGAAAAAGAAAUCUAAAGUGAAUGAAGUAGUAAUAGAAAAUAAUGAGGUGCUGGUAGUAGAUGUUGAUGACGCUGAUCGUCCAGAAAGUUUUACUGCUAUUGUAGGUAGUGAAGUCAAAGCAGUAGAUACUGAGGUUACAGGUAAAAGCCCUAUAGAGAAAUAUAUGAAGCAAGGAAAACUUCCAUUGACUGUAUUUUCUGUAAAGGACACAAAAGACGUUACAUGUGUCGAGAUAGAGCCACCAGCAAAAGCCGGAAGCAGUGGUACAGCAAAGGGUGGUAGGCAAACUAAGGGAGAGAAGCAGGUGAUACAAAGUAAAAAAGGAAAGAAGAAAAGGCACAUUGAGGAAGAAGAGCCUGUAGAGCCUAAGUUAAGCAGUAAGAAGAGAAGAAGAAUGGAAAGAGAAAUGAAAGAAAAGAAAAUUGGGGUGCACUUUUAUACUUCUGCUAAUGUGAAAAACAGAAGUUCAAGAAAAUAGGGCAUUAAAUCAAACUUUUUUUUUCAAGUUAACAACCACUGUAAUUUUGUGAAAAGUUUUAAUAUGAAAAUUUGAGUAUGUAUUCAAAUUUUAUUAGUGAAAUAUUACCAGUAAUUGAAGUAAAAGAAAAAAGAAUUAGGAUGCACUUAUGUCAAAAGCAGGAGCUCUAAAAUAUUAUCAUUGAAUAUUAAAUUGAAUCAAUUUAGUGACCUUACAUUGUUUUUAAUGAAGUUUUAACAUGAAUAAAUAGUAAAAAUCUCUAAAUAAGAUGUAAUAAUAACCAAUUAUAUUGCACUUAAGUUGUUAUAAUGAUAUUUAAAGAUAUUAUUAAAGAAUAAAGAUU